GGAAACUUAUAAAAUCCACUGAAAUUCCAAAAUAAAAUGAUUUACCUAGUUAUGACAUCGUAUUUUACGAUUUAUUCAGCGCCAGAAGCCGAUCACAACUUUUUAAUAUACCGCACUAACGACUUUUAACAAAUCUUGCGCGCGAUCGUGUCUUUCAACGAUUUCUAACUGAAUUUCAAAUUCAGGCUGGCUAACUUUUUAUGGUUAUUCUAUUCGCGACUAUUCUAUGCCGCAUUUAACCGCCACUUUGAAAAGUUUACUAACUCGUCAAGUUGGUAACAUUGUAACGCAUGUGAUAAUAUAACCUCCAAACAUUACGUUACAAACUGCAAUAUAGAACGAAUUUUUUUAAAAGGAGUGAACUUAAUAUUUUAAUAUAUUUCUUUAUCAUAAAUUUUCUAUUUCGUUAUUAUUUUCGUCAAAAAAAAUGACUUAAUAAUACUAACAAAAAUGGCGACUAUUGACGAUCUUGGCAAUGCAAAAAUAAGUACGAAUGAUUUGCUUGCUUUUCAAAGAGAAUUGAAACAAGAAAAGGAACUUCUUCAAAAAAUAUUGGUAAAAAUUGACAAGCAAUUAAAUAGCUUGCAGGUGGAACAACUUCAUUUAUUGGGGUUAAUGAAUAAAUCAUUAAAAGGUACAAAAGUAAAGUCUCUGUAUGAAUCAACAAAUGAUAAUCCACAAGCCUCAACAAAUAAAUCAUUAGAUUUGUCUGUACCUUCGACUUCCAAGUAUUACGAGGAAGAAAUGGAAGAUGAAGAUGAUUAAGAUAAAUAAAUUUUAUAAUUUAAGAGAAUUGUAAACUAUACAUUUUAUGUACACUAUUGAAGUGAUUUAGUUGUUUUUAUAACUUAUUCUGUUUACAAAUAAAGUAAUUGAAUGUGUCAAUUUAUUUUAUAAAUAUGUUUCUUAUUAAUAAAUUGUUAAUAUGUU